AUGAGAGUGCGACUAACCGGUGUCGCGCGGUCGCUCGGUCGCGACUGGAGCGGGCAAGUCCAGCAAGGCGCUCGCUUGAUUCGCUCAUUCUCGAGCUCGCCAUGCUAUGCUAGCCGACUCCGUGCACGUCUUGACAUACCUCCUCCAUUUCCAGUCACGAAGACGUGCCCGGAGCCAACAUGCACCUGCCCGGCGACGCCAGACAUGCCCGAAGGGCUUCCGAUCGAUCACGACCAAGCAUUGAAUGGGACCAUGGCAGCUUAUGCGCAGCAACUUCUGAUUUGUACUGGACAACGCGAUUGGACAAGCCGCAUCGAAAAUGACGGGGAGAAACAGGCUUGGGGGGAUCUUGUGAGAGGACUCAAGCGUUUAAUGGGCCGAGGCGGUCCAUACCUGGAUCCAUUCAACAACGUCCUGGUCACCAACUCCUCCGUUGCCCCCGCUGCGAGCGGUUCAUCCUCAGCUUCUGCAUUCCUAUUUCCCGCAUUCAAAUAUAUCCCCUCAAUACCAGCCGAAAUCAUGUCAACACCAGACAGCACAGACUUGACUAAGUUUGUGCGCGCAUUUCUUCUCCCGGAGCGUCUGCAUGGCAUGCAUUCCUCUCUCCCGGCCGAAAAACAGGCAGCCAUGACUCGUGCACCCGAAUUGGCGUCGGAUUUCGCAGGAAUCGUCGACAUCAAUUAUUCACCCACUGUUUUGAUUUGUGGACAUGGCGGUCGUGACUUGCGUUGCGGUCUCAUGGCGCCUGUACUUGAAGCCGAGUUCCAACGAGUGCUACUGUCGCGGGGCUUUGACUCUGCCGGAAGUGAAGGUACCACGGUGGACGAUCCCAAACAUGUCAAUCUUGGCUUGAUCAGCCAUGUUGGCGGGCAUAAGUAUGCCGGCAACAUCAUUGUAUAUCUCCCACCGCAGAUGACGAUCGGAGGCUCUGCGGAACCUCACCCGCUGGCGGGUAAGGGGAUCUGGUAUGGACGUGUCGAGCCCAAGCAUGUACAGGGUAUUGUUGAUGAGACUAUCUUGGGCGGAAGGGUGGUCACAGACCAUUUUCGCGGGGGAAUCGAUAGAAAUGGUGAUAUCCUAAGAUUAUAG